AUGCCACCCACAUACGCGCCCACCUUUGGCCCCGACGAUGCCUCAGACGACGACAGCGAGUACGAAGUCGAUACUAGAAGCGAAGUCGACAGCGACAUGGUGGCCGACGAUAACAACGACGACCCAACCCUCGCCAUGGUGGCAUCCAGGACUCUCUCGGACAAAGCACCCGACAUGACAGCUAGCAUGCUCCUGGAGCGCGAGGAAGAGCCCGAAGGCAUGUUGCCCAGAGACAAGCAGCGUCGCACAACCCACUACAACUCGUCGCUCGAGAAGGCUAUGAGCCACUCCGAGGCAAAGCAAUUCUACCAACGACAACGCGCAGAGAAGCUCGAUAGUCCCACCAUGGGCAAGCCGCGAACACUCAGCUCCCACGUCGCCGCCGAUGCCUCUGCCAGCUCUCCGCUCAACCCGCUAAGAGCCAGUAAGAGCAACGCCAGCCUGCAAGCAAACGACACUUCAUACAAAUCCGCCCUGCCUGUUGGCAUUGCUAAUGCUGCGAAGCUUCCCACCAGCGCCGAAGUUCAGACUCCUGGCCUCGGCCACUUCGAUACCGCCCGCCACUCCUUCUCCCAACAGAACGACGCUCCUUCACCCUUGAUUCAGGCCGACCGAGAAGCUCGCGCUCACACACACCACCCCAAUCUCCCUCAUGAGCAGAAGCCGUUCCUGGAGCAACAGGGUCUACAUGGUGCAGGGGCUGGUGUGGGUAUGGGAAGUGGCUCUGGAGGCUUUGCAGUAGACGACUCCAAGGUCACUGCUGAGCUGACAUCCAUUUACAGCAACAUCCAGAAGGUGUUGGAUCUGAGACACAAAUACAUGCGCUUGUCGCUACAGGGCACCACAGACAAUCCCAAGGACGAGCCUGGCUGGACCAUAUACCCUCCUCAUCCCGAUCCUUCGUGGCAAGAGUACGAACAGAACAUGACAGAGAGCCAAGACCUUAAGACGCCACGCAGAAGACCUCGCAAGAUGGGUCAGAACAUUGGUGAAGAUUUCGAACUCGAAGAUCUGAUGCCUCUACCGGGCCCUGGCGAGAUGGCCUUCCGUCUCGAUUCGAACGGCGUCUACCAAGUCUAUGAGAACAACAAAGCCGCCGAUCUCGACACUCCCAUUGUUCACAUUCCCACCAUCCGCGAGUUCUACAUGGAUCUCGACGCCAUCUUGACCGUGUCUUCCGAUGGUCCUAGCAAGAGUUUCGCUUUCCGUCGUCUGCAGUAUCUCGAAGGCAAGUUCAACUUGUAUAUCUUGCUCAACGAGUAUCAAGAGAUCGCAGACACCAAGGCCGUGCCGCACAGAGACUUCUACAACGUCCGAAAGGUAGACACUCACGUGCACCAUUCCGCUUGCAUGAACCAGAAGCAUUUGCUGCGUUUCAUCAAAAGCAAGAUGAAGAAGAGCCCCAACGAGGUUGUCUUGUUCCGUGACGGCAAGCACCUGACUCUGCGGGAGGUCUUUGAGAGUAUCAACUUGACUGCAUACGACCUCUCUAUCGACACUCUCGAUAUGCACGCUCACACCGACUCUUUCCACCGCUUCGACAAGUUCAACCUCAAGUAUAAUCCUGUUGGCGAGUCACGUCUGCGUACCAUCUUCCUGAAGACGGACAACUACAUUCACGGCAGAUACUUGGCAGAGAUCACAAAAGAGGUCAUUGCCGAUCUCGAGGCCAGCAAGUACCAGAUGGUCGAAUGGCGCAUCUCAAUCUACGGUCGUGACCUCGAAGAGUGGGACAAGCUCGCAGCCUGGGUCGUGGACAACAAGCUUUACUCGCCUAACGUGCGAUGGCUGAUCCAGAUUCCUCGCCUGUACGAUGUCUACAAGAACUCCAGCUUGAUGGAGAACUUUGAGCAGGUCAUCCAGAACGUCUUCCAGCCUCUCUUCGAGGUGACGCAAGACCCUACUUCGCAUCCCAAACUGCACAUCUUCCUGCAGCGAGUCAUCGGCUUUGAUUCGGUUGACGAUGAGAGCAAGACAGAGCGCAGAAUCUACCGCAAGUUCCCUCUGCCCAACGAAUGGAACACUGCACAAAACCCGCCCUACUCGUACUGGAUCUACUAUCUCUUUGCAAACAUUUCGUCGCUCAACGUCUGGCGCAAGCAGCGUGGCUUCAACACUUUCCUCCUGAGACCCCACUGUGGUGAGGCAGGAGACACUGACCAUCUUGCUGCUGCUGUUUUGUGCUGUCACAGCAUCUCGCACGGUCUGCUGUUGCGCAAGGUACCUUUGCUGCAAUACAUUUUCUACCUCGAGCAGAUCGGUGUUGCAAUGUCGCCCCUAUCCAACAACGCAUUGUUCCUUGCUUACGAGCGCAACCCUUUCCUAUUAUACUUCCGCCGCGGUCUUAACGUCUCCCUCUCGACCGACGAUCCCCUGCAAUUCGCCUUCACAAAGGAGCCCCUCAUUGAAGAGUACGCAGUGGCUGCUCAGAUCUACAAGCUCAGUGCAGUCGACAUGUGCGAACUCGCCAAGCACUCCGUCCUCCAAAUGGCCGGAAACGACAUGGCAAAGGUCAACGUGCCAAACAUCCGCGAGGCAUUCCGCCACGAGACUUGGUUGCAAGAACUUGCCAUAAACACGCGGGAUGGCAAUUUCCAGCUGCCUGCCCCCGCCGCUCAUCACCACUACGUUCCCAACGCGCAAGCUGCUCGUAUCUCGCAGUCGCCCAGUAUGGUCAGUCUGCCGGGCCACAAGCACACCCGCUCGUCCAGUAUGGUUGGACACGGCUCGCCUGCCGGUGGCUCCGCGCCUACCUCCAUCCCACCGGACAUGGCACCCAUGCCCAUGUCCUCGCUCGACGCAUCCGAGCCCCGCUUGUUCCCCGGCGUUGUUAGUAAGAGUCGCAAGGGCAGUAUGGUGACGAGCAGAUCUGGUGUUGAUGUUGGUAGUGAGGAUUACAAUGUCCCUGACCAUAUGACGCAGAGUUUGCCUGCUAUUGCGCUGGGUAGACCUAGACCCCACGAGCAUGAUGCGGCGGUUGUUGAAGAUGAGGAUGAAGUUGGCGAGACUGCUUGA